AUGAUUGGCAUUGGUUCCUAUGGGAAAAACAGUGAUGGGGGAAUAUUUUCCCUUUCAAAUUUUGGCAAGGCACUGUUAGCCGACAAUCUUCCCCUUCCACCCGCUUCAAUUUUAUCUGGUGCAGAGAAUCUAGGACCAAUGCCUUACGUUCUUAUAGGGGAUGAGGCAUUUCCGUUACAAGAACACAUGAUACGUCCAUAUGCAGGCCGCGGAUGCACAGAAGAUCAACGAAUCUUCAACUACAGAUUGUCUCGUGCCAGACGCUGUGUUAAAAGCGCGUUCGGAGUUUUUGGCAGCGAGGUUGAGAGUAUUUUACACAAAGAUUGGUGUUACCCUCAUACAACUAAGGACAUUGUUACGGCAACCGUUGUCCUUCAUAGCCUCCUACAGACAGACUACAGCUACACAGACAACCUCUUUCCUACAAGAGUUUAA